GCUUUCUUUCUGGGACAUCUGCAGCCGGAGCUCCGAGUGAUCGUCUGCACGAAUCAGCCGGACCGCCACCACUCCUGAAACUACUCCACCAGUUUCAGAAGGAGCAUUUUCGACGAAGAAGCUUGGUUUUAAAUUAUUUUUUCUUUACCAAACAACAUUGCCCAGAUUCAUUCAUGUGCUGCUGAUCCCAAACGGCAGAAAAUGAAGUUAAGGCUGUCUUUGGCAGCAGCUGCCUUCGUUGCAGUGCUAAUUUCCUCCGUCGAGGCUCAAGUUGAACCGCCCUCAGAUUUGAAAUUUGAAAUUCUAAAUGAGAACACAGUACAAAUGUCAUGGAAACGGCCGUCGUCACGGAUAGAGGGCUUCAGAAUACAAGUGGUGUCGGACACAGAUGAACUUCCCAAAGAGCUAAGCCUUCCAGCCACUGCCACAAAGACUUCUAUCUCAGAGCUGACCCCUGACCUAGACUAUGUGGUCAGCAUUCUAUCCUUUGAUGGUGCAGAGGAGAGUAUACCCAUCUUUGGACAGCUAACAAUUCAAUCCAGUGCCACGAAUGGGACACAAAGGAAGCCACAGAUCACGGAGUCCAUUAAGUGCUCAUACAGCGCCAUCGCCGACCUGGUCUUCCUGGUGGACGGCUCGUGGAGCGUGGGCCGGGAGAAUUUCAAGCACAUCCGCAGUUUCAUCGCCACCAUGGCGGGCGCCUUCGACAUCGGCGGGGACAAGACCCGCGUGGCGGUGGUGCAGUACAGCACCGACACCCGCACCGAGUUCAACCUCAACCAGUACUCCAAGCGCGGCGAGCUGCUCCGCGCCAUCAACUCCCUGCCCUACAAGGGCGGCAACACCAUGACCGGUGAUGCCAUGGAUUACUUGCUGAAAAACACUUUUACUGAGGCGGCCGGCGCCAGGAAAGCAUUUCCCAAAGUGGCCAUGAUUAUCACAGAUGGAAAAUCACAGGACCCUGUGGAGGACGCCGCAAAGAAGCUCAGGAACAUCGGGGUUGAGAUCUUUGUCUUGGGAAUCAAAGGAGCGGACGAAGAGGAGCUGAGGCUGAUAGCCUCCAAGCCUUACGACAAGCACGUCUACAACGUCCCCAACUUCGACCUGAUCAAGGGGGUGCAGAAAGCGCUCAUUACACAGGUGUGCUCUGGAGUCGAUGAGCAGCUCAACUCACUGGCAAGCGGAGAGGAAGUGGUUGAGCCGGCCUCGAACUUGCAGGUCACCGAAAUCUCCUCCAAGUCCAUGAGGGUGACCUGGGACCCAUCCAUGGGCGAGGUGACAGGGUACAAGCUGCAGCUGAUCCCCAUGCUGGCGGGAAGCAAACGGCAGGAGCUGUACGUGGGGCCCGCCCAGACCUCGGUCAACGUCAGAGAUCUGUCCCCAGAGACGGAGUACGAGAUCAGCCUCUUCGCCCUGAAGGGCCUGACCCCCAGCGAGCCUGUCAUGGCCAUGGAGAAAACCCAGCCCACCAAGAUCUCUCUGGAGUGUUCCCUGGGAGUGGAUGUCCAAGCAGAUGUCGUUCUGUUGGUUGAUGGCUCCUACAGCAUAGGACUGGCCAACUUUGCCAAAGUGAGGGCCUUCCUGGAAGUCCUGGUCAACAGCUUUGACAUCGGGCCCACCAAGGUGCAGAUCAGCCUGGUGCAAUACAGCCGAGACCCGCACACCGAGUUCGCUCUCAACACGCACCAUGACCUCAGCGCGGUGGUGAAGGCCGUGCGGACGUUCCCCUACCGCGGCGGCUCCACCAACACGGGCAGGGCCAUGACCUACGUGAGGGAGAAGAUCUUCGUCACCACCCGCGGGGCCCGCCCCAACGUUCCCCGAGUCAUGAUCCUCAUCACCGACGGCAAGUCCUCAGAUGCCUUCAGAGACCCGGCCGAGAGGCUCAGGAACUCCGACGUGGAGAUCUUCGCUGUGGGCGUGAAGGACGCUGUGCGCUCCGAGCUGGAGGCCAUCGCCAACCCGCCAGCGGACACCCACGUCUACACCGUGGAGGACUUUGACGCCUUCCAGAGGAUCUCCAAGGAGCUGACGCAGUCCAUCUGCCUGAGGAUCGAGCAGGAGCUCCUCAACAUCAAGAAGAGAAGUCUGCUUCCUCCGAAGAACUUGGUGUUCUCCGAGGUGACCUCCAGGAGCUUCAGGGCCACCUGGGAGUCAGACUCCACCGGCGUUCUGUCCUUCCUGGUCCGGUUCCGACCCGCUGCAGACAUCACUGGAGACUACAUCACCAUGCCUGUACCCGUAAACACCAGGACCGCCAUCCUCCCCAACCUCACUCCCCUCACCAAGUACGAGGUCAACGUCUUCUCCCAGUAUGAGAAGGGAGACAGCUUUCCACUAACAGGAGAAGAGACAACAUUAGAAGAGCAAGGAUCAGUACGCAAUCUCAGGGUGUCGGAGGAGACGACGGACAGCUUCAGGGUGUCGUGGGAGGCAGCGCCAGGGGCCGUGCGGCGGUACCGCCUCUCCUACAUCCCAGUCAGCGGGGAUGGGGCCAGGCUGGAGACGGCCACUGUUGGCAGCGAGACCACCAUCGUCCUGCGGGAGCUCUCCCCCAUCACCACCUACCGCGUCUCCGUCUCGGCCGAGUACCUGACCGGACUCGGGGAGGAAAUGCAGAUCGACGGCACCACCAAGGAAGCUCGUGGGACGCCGCGGAACCUGAGGGUGUUCGACGAGACGGUGUCCAGCAUGCGGCUGUCGUGGGAGGCGGCGCCGGGCAGGGUCCAGCAGUACCGCGUGGCGUACAAGCCGGCGGAGGGCGGGGAGAGGAAGGAAGUGACGGUGAAGGGGGACAACACAGCCGUGCUGCUCAAGAACCUGCAGUCCGACACGGAGUACGAGCUGUUCGUCACGGCACGCUACGCCUCCGGCCUCGGGGAACCCUUACUGGGGCAGGGAACCACACUGGAAGAGCUCGGCUCCCCUAGAGACCUGGUCACGAAAAACGUCACAGACACCAGCUUCAGGGUGUCCUGGACCGCUGCCCCUGGGCGAGUGCGGAGCUACCGAGUCGUGUGGAAGUCCCUGUUCACCGAGGAGUCCGGAGAGAAGAGCGUCCGUGGGGACGUCACAGACACGCUGCUGGAUGGCCUCACUCCCGAAACCCGAUACCGGGUCUCCGUCUACGCGGUGUACGGCCGCGGAGAGGGGGAGCCACUGACGGGAGAGGAGACCACAGACGUCUCAGCGGCCGCGAAGGUUCUGGUCGUGUCCGACGAGACGGAGAGGUCCAUGAUGGUGACAUGGCAGCCCGCGCCGGGUGACGUGAUCAACUACAGGGUGUCGUACCGGCCCACGGCGGGCGGGAGGCAGCUGGCCUCCAAGGUGCCCGGCUCGGUCACCAACACCACCCUGAGGCGGCUGCAGCCCAUGACCUCAUACGACGUCACGGUGCACCCCGUCUACAGGCGGGGAGAAGGCAAAGCAAGGCAAGGAGUGGGAACGACACUGUCACCUUUCAAAGCUCCCAGAAACCUCCAGACCUCUGAACCCACCAGGACCAGUUUUCGGGUAACCUGGGACCCUGCUCCAGGCCAUGUGCGCGGGUACAAGGUCACUUUCCACCCGAUAGAUAAUGAAGUGGACCUUGGCCAACUGCUUGUUGGCCCUUAUGACAACACAGUGGUUCUGGAAGAACUCAGGGCCGGGACCAAGUACACGGUGAGCGUGUUCGGAAUGUUCGAUGGGGGAGAGAGCAUGCCAUUAGCCGGAGAGGAGAAGACCACCCUCUCUGAUGCUCCUGAGCCUCCACCUCUAGAGGCACCGGAUGUCGCCUGCCGCACCACUGCCCAGGCCGACAUCGUGCUGCUGGUGGACGGGUCCUGGAGCAUCGGCCGACUCAACUUCAAGACCAUCCGGGCCUUCAUCGCCCGCAUGGUGGGUGUCUUCGACAUCGGCCCCAACCGGGUCCAGAUCGGUCUGGCCCAGUACAGCGGAGAGCCCAAGACCGAGUGGCACCUGAACGCCCAUCAGACACGGGAAUCCCUGCUGGAAGCCGUGGCUAACCUUCCCUACAAAGGGGGCAACACCUUGACAGGACUGGCUUUGAACUACAUCCUCCAGAACAACUUCAAGGCCAACGUCGGGAUGCGAGAAAACUCUCGCAAAAUUGGUGUCCUCAUCACCGACGGCAAAUCUCAGGACGACAUUGUCCAGAACUCCCAGAACCUGCGAGAUCAGGGCAUUGAGCUGUACGCUAUCGGUGUGAAAAACGCUGACGAGAAUGAGCUGAGGACCAUUGCCUCUGACCCAGACGAGAUCCACAUGUACAACGUGGCCGACUUCUCCUUCCUGCUCGAUAUUGUAGACGACCUUACCGUCAACCUCUGUAACAGCGUGAAGGGCCCAGGCGGAGUGGAUGCUCCCACUGACCUCGUGACCUCUGAGGUCACCCACUACUCCUUCCGGGUCAGCUGGACCGGGCCCAGCGGCCCUGUGGAGAAAUACCGGGUGGAGUACAUGACCGUCUCCGGCCGGCCAAUGGAGGUUUUCGUGGACGGGACAGUGACCACCACCGUUCUGCAGAACCUGAACCCCCUGACGGAGUACAUGGUGAACGUUUACGCCGUCGUCGGGGACGAGAGCAGCGAGCCGCUAAAAGGCACCGAAACCACCCUACCCCUCCCGUCGGUGAGGAGAAUGACCGUGUACGAUGAGAGGCCCACGACGAUGAGGGUGCGGUGGGAGGCGGCGCCCGGUGCCACUGGGUACAUGCUGCUGUACAGCGCCCUCAACGCCACCGUGCCCACGGUGGAGAAGGAGAUGAAGGUUGGGGGCGAUGUGACCGAUGUCCUGCUGAUGGAGCUGAUUCCGGACACCGCCUACACCCUCUCCAUCUACGCCCUCCACGGCGACGCCACCAGCGAUCCUUUGACUGACCAGGGCGUGACGUUGCCCCUGCCUCCCGCGGGAGAGCUGAGGAUCACUGAUGUCACCCACAGCACCAUGCAGCUCAACUGGGACGCCGCACCAGGAAACGUGCGCAAGUACGUCAUCACCUACAAGGCCGAGGACGGAGAGGCCAAGGAGCUUGAAGUUCAGGGCGAUGUCACUACGAGAGGCCUAGACAACCUCAUCUCCCAGACGGAGUAUGAUGUCGCUGUCACUCCGGUGUACGAUGACAUCACUGCUAACCCCAUGCUUGGACACGCUGUCACUGAUGUUGUACCCUCCCCGAAAAACCUGAGGUUCUCCGAGGUCACCCAGACGAGCUUCAGAGCCACCUGGGAGCACGGUGCCCCCGAUGUGGCCCUCUACCGCAUUGCUUGGACCAAGCAGGGGGACACCAACUUCCAAUACGCCAUCCUGAACAGCGACGAGAACACCCACCACCUGCCAAACCUGGAGCCCGACACCAUGUAUGACGUGACCGUCACCGCCAUCUACCCCGACGAAUCAGAGAGCGAGGAACUGAUGGGGAGCCAGCGCACACUGUCCAAGAUCAUCACUCCUGCUCCGACUGGACCGCCCCAGAACCUGCAGGUGUACAACGCCACCACCACCAGCCUCACCUUGAAGUGGGACCACGCCCCCGGCCGAGUGCAGAACUACCGGAUCACCUACGAGCCCACGGCUGGCGGGAAGCUGCUGACGACCCAGAUCGGAGGCAGGAAGAAUACGGUCAUACUGCAGAAACUGACCCCUGACACACCCUACUCCAUCACCGUGGCGUCCGUUUACGCCAGCGGAGAGAGCAAGGAGAUAUCCGGCAGUGGAAAGACCAAGCCCCUGGGUGGAGUGAGGAACCUGCAGGUCACGGAUCCCACCACCAGCACGCUGAAGGUGACCUGGGAGCCGGCCGAGGGCGUGGUUCGCCAAUACAGGAUCUUCUACGUUCCCGCCACAGGGGGUGCUGAGGACAUGGAGCAGGUCUCUGGGAGCACGACCACCACGGUUCUGAAGAACCUCCUGUCAGACACCAUCUACACGGUGACGGUGGUGCCGGUGUACGCGGCAGGAGAGGGGAGAAGGAUGUCCGAAAACGGCAAAACACUGGAGCGUACCCCUCCCAGGAACAUCCAGGUCUACAACCCCACGACCAACAGCCUGAAUGUGCGCUGGGAGCCGGCCUCCGGCCUGGUCCAGCAGUACCGGGUCAUCUACGCGCCCAGGAGCGGAGCCAGGCCCUCAGAGUCUGUCCUGGUACCAGGAAGCACCCACACGGCGUUCCUGGAUCAGCUUCUCCCCGACACACCAUAUUCUGUGAGUGUGGUGGCGCUGUACGCGGAUGGAGAGGGGCCACCGGUGGCUGAUGAUGGCAAAACACUGCCUCGAGGAGGGCCGAAAAACAUGCGCGUCUUCGACCCCACCACCUCCACCCUGAGUGUCAGCUGGGACCACGCGGAGGGGCCCGUGCAGCAGUACCGGAUCGUCUACGCCCCCACCACCGGGGAUCCCAUCGAGGAAUUCACGGUCGUCCCUGGCAACCGGAACAACGUCAUCCUGCAGAACCUGCAGCCCGACACCCCGUACAAGAUCAACGUGGUGCCCAUCUACCCCGACGGGCCCGGCGGGGAGCUGUCCGGAGACGGGCGCACAGUUGGCCUCCUGGAGCCCCGGAAUCUGCGCGUUUCGGAUGAGUGGUACACCCGAUUCCGUGUGGCCUGGGACCCCGCACCAUCUCGGGUCCUGGGGUACAAGCUGGUCUACCAGCCUGAAGGUACGGAUGAGUCCAUGGAGGUGUUCGUUGGGGACGUGACGUCAUACAACCUGCACAACUUGCAGCCUGGUACCACGUAUGACCUCAAAGUCCUCGCCCAGUAUGACGCAGGCCUGAGUGGACCUCUGAUUGGACAAGGGACCACACUGUACCUGAAUGUCACCGACCUGGUGACCUACAAUGUCGGCUAUGACACGUUCUGCAUCAGAUGGACACCCCACAGAGCGGCCACCUCAUACAGGAUUAAACUCAACCCCUUUGACCCAUCCAGCAGCGGACAGCAGGAGAUCACCAUCACAGGAGCAGAGAGCCAGUACUGCUUCGACGGCCUCACCCCAGAUGCCCUGUACAACGCCACCGUCUUUGCCCAGACCCCCAACCUCGAGGGACCCGGGGUCAGCACCAAGGAGCGAACCCUGGUGAAGCCCACAGAGGCACCAACGGAACCCCCGACCCCACCUCCACCACCCACAAUUCCCCCUGCCUGGGAGGUUUGCAAGGGCGCCAAGGCGGAUCUGGUGUUCCUGAUUGACGGGUCUUGGAGUAUCGGUGAUGACAACUUCAACAAAGUCGUGCAGUUCGUUUUCAGCACCAUCGGAGCCUUCGAUGCAAUCAGCCCCUCCGGAAUGCAGGUGUCUUUCGUGCAGUACAGCGAUGAUGCAAAGACCGAGUUCAAGCUCAACACCUACCAGGACAAGGGAAUGACCCUGGCAGCUCUUCAGCUUGUCCGCUACAGGGGCGGAAACACCAAAACAGGUGCUGCGCUGAAGCACGUGGGCGAGAAGGUCUUCACCUCGGACAGCGGGAUGAGGAGGAACGUUCCCAAAGUGCUGGUCGUCGUCACCGACGGCCGCUCUCAGGACGAGGUCAAGAAGAGCGCAUCGAAACUGCAGCACUCUGGUUACAGCGUGUUUGUCGUCGGCGUCGCCGACGUGGACCUCGCCGAAUUGCGGAACAUCGGAAGCAAGCCCAGUGACCGGCACGUGUUCGUGGUGGACGACUUUGACGCCUUCGCCAAGAUCCAGGACAACCUCAUUACCUUCAUCUGUGAAACAGCAACCUCCACUUGCCCAUUGAUUUAUCUGGAUGGAUUCACAUCACCUGGCUUCAGAAUGCUUGAGGCCUUCAACAUCACAGACAAGACCUUCGCCGCCAUCAAAGGAGUCUCCAUGGAGCCAGGCUCCUUCAACAGCUUCAUCGCCUACAGACUUCACAAGAACGCUUUCCUGUCCCAGCCCACGAAAGAGAUCCAUCCCGAGGGCAUGCCCCACACCUAUACCAUUAUCCUGCUCUUCCGCCUGCUCCCCGACUCACCCACCGAAGCCUUCGACAUAUGGCAGAUCGCGGACGGCGGGAACAAGCCUGAAGUCGGGGUCACCAUUGAUCCAUCCAGGAGGGUGUUAUCGUUCUACAACAAGGACACCAGGGGCGAGACCCAGAGGGUCACGUUUGACAGCGAUCAAGUGAAGAAGGUCUUCCACGGAAGCUUCCACAAGCUUCAUAUAUCUGUCUCACCGAAGAGCGUCAAGCUGAACGUGGACUGCCAGGAGGUGGCAGAGAAGGAGAUAAAGGAGGCAAAGAACAUCUCCCUGGAUGGGUACGAGGUGCUCGGCAAAAUGGCGAAGCCGGGAGGCUCCUCACGGGAGACAGCCACGUUCCAGCUCCAGAUGUUCGAUAUCGUCUGCAGCUUGGGCUGGACGAGCAGAGACAAAUGUUGUGACCUGCCAUCAAUGAGAGACGAGCUGAAGUGUCCGGCUCUUCCCCACUCCUGCACAUGUGCUCAGGAUAGCAUCGGACCCCAGGGCCCCCCCGGGCCUCCGGGUGGACCAGGCACUAAAGGCCCUCGAGGUGAAAGGGGAGAGACUGGUCCAGCUGGUCCAAUGGGUACACGGGGAGAGCAGGGAUUACCAGGCCAAAUGGGACCCCCGGGCCCCCAGGGACCCAGCGGUCUGUCUCUACCCGGAGAGCCCGGUCGUCCGGGACCCAAAGGAGAUCCUGGUGAUUCUGGACUACCUGGACCACCAGGUCUCCCUGGGGUUGCUGGUUUUGUAGGUCCGAUCGGACCAUCCGGGCCGAGGGGUCCACCAGGAAAGGAAGGACCAGCAGGACCCAGAGGCCCAUCUGGACCAAUGGGAAGUCCUGGAUCUCCUGGAAUGCCUGGUUCUACUGGGAAACCAGGAAAGCCUGGUGACACAGGACUCCCGGGAAGCCCUGGCAUGAAAGGAGAGAAAGGAGAAAGGGGAGACUUUGCGUCCCAGAAUAUGAUGCGAUCCAUAGCCAGACAAGUGUGUGAACAGCUGGUCAAUGGUCAGAUGAGUAGGAUCGAUAUGAUGCUGAACCAGAUCCCGAACGGAUACCGUAGCAACCACCCAGGACCACCAGGACCCCCUGGCCCACCUGGCAGCGAAGGACCCCGUGGAGAGCAGGGACAAACCGGCCGAAACGGUUUCCCCGGAAACCCAGGCUUACCAGGUCCCCAAGGAGAAAGAGGGCCGCCUGGAGAGAAGGGCGAGAGGGGCGUUCCAGGCACCGGAACACGAGGACAGAGAGGUUUAACCGGACCACCUGGCCCACCAGGCGAGUCUCGAACAGGUCCAACGGGUCCCCCUGGCUCCUCCGGGCCUCGUGGCCCCCCGGGUCGCCAGGGAAGCCCGGGGAUCAGGGGACCACCUGGCCCUGCAGGUUACUGCGAUUCCUCCCAAUGUGUCGGCAUUCCUUACAACGGACAAGGAUUCCCAGGUUCGGCAUAGUAAAUUUUAUAAGUCGCCUGUGUGCUGCUUUUGAAAUCCAGAAAAAAAGUGUCCUGUUUCUGGGAUAUUGCUCAUGUGCUUGAGAGGCCCGUAAAAGGAUAACCACCAUGGAUAUGAUAACUGAACAAUGCUGACCGUCAUAAAACGGAAGAGACUGGCACUAACAACACUUUACAGCUACUAGACAGGCAGCGGCGAUGGCAACGUAGUGGUCUGUUUGCAUCUUGAACCCGAACGGCGAAGAAAAUCCAAACAAACAAACAACCAACCAACCAAAAAAACGCUUCUGUUGGGGAAGGAGCAUGUAAAACUACUAACAAAGUGGAUUCAUGAUCUAGAACGUUAGGCGUUAACACAACUCUGUAGAGGUGAUAUCUGUAAAUAAACUAAUUGUGCCUUGUAAAUGAUUUCUAAAUCAAAUCCACUAAAAUCGGUUAACAUCUGUAAUGAGCUUCUGCCUUAUAACCUACUGCUUGCUUACUGCCAAUGUAACCUCUUUUUCACCAUGCAUAAAGACGGCGUUUCCCGCGGCCUCUGCUCUGGUUCGAAUCAAAGCACGUGUUGUUUGUACAUGUAAACGAGAAGUUUUCUUUCUGGUUAUUUUUCCUUUUUGUUUUUUCGUCUUUUUUUUCUAAUUUUGCUGUAUUGGAUUUGUUCCUCUGGUACCUCAGUAUGUUAUGAGGACUAGCACCAAUAUCACAAAUGUAUAGAAAGCCUGGUGUCAGAAUUAUUACUUGAUUUUUUAUUAUUAUGAUUACGUUGUAGAGGAACAUAUUGCAUCAAACGCUACUACAGUAUGAAUACUUGUUAUUGGUCAUCUUUCCUUUUUUUGUCAAAAUGUGGCGCGUAAUCGUACCUGAGGAAUGUAUUAAAAACAUACAUACUUUUUUUUUUUUUAAUAAUGACAAAUGACUGUACAAUAAAUGUACAAUUGUUGUAGUAUCCCACUAGGUCCACUUGUAGCUGAGGACAGUUAAGGAAACAGUUAAACAAACAAGCUAACGGCAUCGCUAAUGCAUUCACACAGAGAUACGCUGUGUGCAUUAUGUGUUCAUGUCCACUUUUUUGAAACGUUGAGCUUGUACGUAGCAGAAUAACGGCCAUGGAAAAGUACAGCUGCUUUUUGUGCAUGCCAAGUCAUAGACUCCAGACUAAAUUCCUGUUCCAAUUGGCCAAAAAAACUAUUUCCAACCAGAACCUUACCAGCCUGAGCCCGAACCCCACGUAGUCGCAAUUCCCGAGGAGCCAUCUGAAGACUGAGACAGAAAUACAAUCG